AUAUGGACGAAACCAGUGUAUUGCCUGAUGAAUUGUUGGUGAGCAUAUUAUCGUUUGUUCCAACAAAGGUUGCUGCAUCCACUAGCAUUUUGUCUAAGCGAUGGAGGUUUCUUUGGAUGUGGUUGCCUAAACUUGAGUUUCGUGAUAGAGAUGUAUCACUGCUUGUACUUCGGGAUUUUAUCGACAAGAAUCUGCCAUUACAUAGAGCUCCGGUCAUAGAAAGCUUGCGUCUUCAGUUAUGGGAGUCAGGCGAUCCAAAUAUUAAACCUGAAGAUAUCAAACGGUGGGUUGAAACUGCAGUUUCUCGCAGUGUUCGUGAGCUGGAAGUCUCUUACUCUUCAGAUCUCAAGGAAAACAUGUUUCCGAGCAGCUUGUUUGCCUGCAAAUCGCUAGUGAUUUUGAAACUCAGAUACGUGACCCUCAUGGAUGUUCCCUCGAUGGUUUGUCUUUCCUCUUUGAAAACUUUGGUGCUUGAAAGUGUGGCAUACGCAGAUGGAAAAUCCUUUGGAGAGCUUCUCUCUAUAUGUCCUGUUCUUGAAGAUCUAGAGGUGUUUUUUUGUGAGGAUGAAGACAAUAUGCAAAAGUUCACUGUUACUGUCCCGUCUUUGCAGAAGUUAUCACUCUCUGUAUCUAAACAUUGGUAUUUAGUUGGCUAUGAGAUCGAUACUCCUUCGUUAACAUACCUCAAGCUUCAUGAUUGGAAUGAGAGUCCUUGUUUGUUUAAGAAUAUGCCUAAGCUGAAGGAAGCACAUGUGGAUGUUGCAUCCUUUGCUCUCAAAAGUGUGAUUGGAUCAGUCACAUCUGUCAAGAAUCUUACAAUAUGUUCAGAGGAUGUGUAUGGUGAUGGUUUUGUUUUCGACCAGCUUGAGCAUCUGGAGCUAUGUAUAUGCCAAGAUGAUUCGUCGAAUCUCCUUGCCCAGAUGCUCAAAGAUUCUCCGAACUUACGAGUGUUAGACAUCUCUGUACUAGAUUUACAUGGGGAUUUAAGGACUAAUACUAUGGUUCCCUGGAACCAACCGAGUUCUGUUCCUGAGUGCUUGUUGUCGAGUCUUGAAAUUUUCAACUGGGCACCAUACUUUGGGAGACCUCAAGACAGAGAGAUUGCCGUUUAUCUCUUGAAAAACUCGUGUCGCUUAAAGAAGGCAACAAUCAUGGCGGAUACAACGGAACACGAUGUUCCAAACCUUGAGAUGAUCAAGGAGUUGACACUUUCUUCCCGAGCUUCAACCACAUGCGAGCUCGCUUUGAUAGAGCAAAGAAAAUUGAAUGAGUCGCAAGACAGGAACAAGAACUCUUUAACUCUGUCUAAGAUAAAAGAAAGUCUUACAAUAUUCUUCAAGACUUGGACACUGCACUUGGCUGUCUUUCUGAAAAAAAGGUCUUUCUUUUUUCUCUCUCCUCGCGUCUCCUCUCCGAUCCUCUCUGAUCCUCUCCUGAGAGACCCUCUUCUUAGAUUCCUCUUGCUUUUCUUCGCCGGAGCAAAAAGCCUUCUUAUGUCGAGAUUCAGAGAUAGGACGGAGGAUUUCAAGGAUUCUGUUCGGAAAGCCGCUGUUUCUAAUGGCUAUAACGAGUCGAAAGUGGCAUCUACAAUGGCGUCUUUCAUUAUACACAAGCCAAAGGAGAGAUCGCCUUUCACGAAAGCUGCUUUCAAAACGCUGGAUAGCAUCAAGGAGUUGGAUCAGUUUAUGUUGAAGCAUCGAAAGGAUUAUGUUGAUAUGCAUCGGACUACAGAACAGGAAAAGGAUAGCAUUGAACAAGAAAUUACUGCUUUUAUUAAAGCUUGCAAAGAGCAGAUUGAUAUUCUCAAAAACAGCAUUAGAAAUGAAGAAGCAAACUCCAAGGGAUGGCUUGGUCUCGCAGCGGAUAACUUCAAUGCUGAUACUAUAGCACACAAACAUGGAGUGGUUUUGAUUCUGAGCGAGAAACUUCAUUCAGUCACUGCACAGUUUGACAAGCUUAGAGCUACUCGUUUCCAAGAUAUCAUUAACAGAGCGAUGCCGAGAAGAAAACCUAAGAGGAUCGCAAAGGAAGCUAGUCCAGUUAAUGCAACUCUGGCGAAUCCGGAUUCCAUAGAACCGGAUGAAGCUCAGGCCCAGCCUCGUAGACUACAACAGCAACAACUUCUAGACGAUGAAACACAAGCCCUUCAGGUAGAACUAAGUAAUCUUUUAGAUGGUGCUAAGCAGACGGAGACUAAGAUGGUGGAGAUGUCUGCAUUGAACCACUUGAUGGCGACUCAUGUUCUGCAACAAGCCCAACAGAUAGAGAUUCUGUAUGACCAGGCGGUUGAGGCAACAAAGAACGUGGAGCUUGGAAACAAGGAGCUUUCUCAAGCAAUCCAACGUAACAGCAGCAGCAGAACCUUUCUCUUGCUGUUUUUCUUCGUCCUUACUUUCUCCGUCUUGUUCUUGGAUUGGUACAGCUAAGAGACCAUUGAAUCUCCAACAGCCUCACACAGUUUGUGUAGAUUUUGAUUGUGAAACAUAUAUACAUUACGAAAAUUUGGAAAAAAG